CUUCCUCAACACCCAUAACCAAAACCCUAGAUACCUCUGUUUUUUUUUUCCCCCUUUCAAUCUCUGGUCUGCUAUAGAAUUUUAAAUCGGACUUCCUUGCAUUCUUUUAAGCAUUCAGCGAAAACCCAGUUCGUGCUCUCUGUUUGUUGGUUCUUGUGCUACAAAAUCUUAGUCAAAGAACUUAGCUUUAUGGCUUCGAGUGGCAUUCGCAUGCGUAUGGUUCGGUCAUCUAGUCAGGGAGAGGUUGGACUCCUCAGCCAUCUCCGGCCAUGGAAUUCUUCAUUCGAGAAGAAAAAAAACCCAGCUACUAUUGCAAAACCGGUUCAAAGAACAGUCGCCGAAUCGAUGCCAAAGGUUGCAAAGAAGGAGGAGCAGGGGCAGCAUCAGCCAUGUGUUUUCACGAUUGGUUCACCGGAGAGGAAGAAGGACGAUAAAGGCAGCAAGAAAAACGGUUUUGGGGAUUUCUUCAAGAAUUGUUGCUUGUGCAAGAAGCAACUGGCUCGUGACAAGCACGUGUUCUGCUAUAGUGAUUGCUCGUUUUGCUCUCCCGGUUGCCGCGAUGAUUGGAUUGCAUUGGAUGGGUUUGAUAAAGAACCUAUCACACUAACACAACCUUUCGCUGAUUAUGUUCGAACUAGACAACAACAGAAGAAUCAAAAGAAUAGUGGCUGGUGUCCUGUUAAAAAAUGGUGUACUAAGGUCAUAGUGCUUUCAGACAAAGAGUAAUCUGAAACUUCAAUGGUUUUUAUUUUACCUGCUAAUUCCAGAGAGUAGAGAGGCAUAGCUGGAAGGUUUUUCAUUUUCAGCUUGCACUUUUAGGUCUGAGAGGACAGACAAUGUGGCUAACAUUUCUUGAGCUUUGAAACAGAAAUUAUUUUCUUUCUUUCCCUGUGUUAACAGAGAAGGAUUCAAUGCAAUUUGAGAUAGCAAUGCUAUGUGUCA